AUGGAUGAGCAGAAAGAAAUGUUACCCCCUGCUGCAACUCGACCAUCAGAAUUACCUUUUCCAGCUAAACAGCAGAUGUUGAACCCCAAUGCCUCUGAACGGUUUGCUAAACCUCCUGACAGAGAUAUCCAUCAGUCUGAUGGAAGUCUUCAGCAAUUUGUCCAAUUUGUCCAAUUUGUCAUUAAAAGUUGUGUCACUAUGGAUUCAGUGCUCAGAUAUCAAACUGCAAUGAAACUGUUAAAGGAUUGUUUCGGCCAUCCCUUCAAAAUUGCCACUGCCCAUGUAAAUCAGGUAACCUGUGGUCCAGCUGUUAAACCUAAUGAUCAGAGAGGAUUGCAGACCUUUGCAGAUAAGUUGAAGGACUGCCAAAACAUGUUGGAGUCAAUUGGAUAUUUAGAUGAAGUCAACAGUUCUGAAAAUUUAAGGAGCAUUAUCGAUCGUCUGCCCUUCCAUCUGAAAGCUAAAUGGCUUGAUGUUGCCGACAGCAUCCAAGAGUCCGGUCAGCGUCCUAGGAUUCCUAAUAUUUCAACGUUUGUCUCUGAAAAGGCCUGUGCUGCUAACAAUCCCAUCUGUGGUGGUGCGCUUAUUAGUGACAAAGAGAAAAGUAAGAAGGACAGAUCGGGUAAGAAGAUUAGUUCUCUAAAUACAAUGGCGUCAUCCCAUGCUACUCAUGGAAACUUUAGUGGGCCUGGUUCCUGUGUGCUGAACCAACGUGAAAGUCACAAUCGUCAGCUUACCUUGAGGCAAAGACGAAGUGGGAGUAGAAAAUGCUUACUUCGUGAACUUCCUCAGUUAUGGAACUGUGAACAGUUUAAGAAAUCCUUUGAGGAUCAAAUGAAGAGAAUUUGUGAUGUUAGGCUCUGCGACAACUGUUUCCAAGUGGGCCACUUCGCAACUGGAUGUAUGCAGAAAAGUGGUUCUUACAUCGAGGGCUGUAAUGGAAAACACAUGACUGUCAUUCACCCCCUUGAGUGA